AUGAGUGCUGAGCAUGAGCAGCCGCAGCCGUCUGGGGGCCGGAGGGGCCGGAGUUCCUGGGACAAGAAGUCCAAAAAGCGUAGCUGGCGCAAAGAAACCUACUCAGCGUAUAUCUAUAAGGUGCUGAAGCAGGUGCACCCCGACAUCGGCAUCUCUUCCAAGGCCAUGAGCAUCAUGAACUCGUUCGUGAACGAUGUGUUUGAGCGGCUGGCUGGCGAAGCUGCCCGGCUGGCCCAGUACUCGGGCCGAACCACACUGACGUCCGGGGAAGUCCAGACGGCCAUGCGCCUGCUGCUUCCAGGGGAGCUGGCCAAGCACGCUGUGUCCAAGGGCACCAAGGCCGUCACCAAGUACACCAGCUCCAAGUGA